AUGUUGACGGAGAAGCAUUCGAUUCUGCGGACCGUGUUUACCACCACCACCAUCACCACCACCACCCCCACUGCCUCCGUCGACCAGCUCGUCCUCUGUAGCCUCUUAGUGGGCCUGAAAUACUACGAAGAUAUCGAGUCAUUGGAACAGCACUUCACCACCGAUUCAAUGUCCUACGGGCCCCCAAUCAACGUCGCCAAAGGAUUCCAGGUGCAACUUCUCUCACUCCGUAACAAGCAGAAGAAGUACCUAACACUGAGACUCCCGCACGCCCAAUUUAACGGCCUGUCCCUUAAUAUCCUUCUCGACAACCUAUCGGCCGCCUAUGAUGAUAAUACAAGCCAUUCUCUAGCUCCCUGCGCGCAGUAUAGCGCUUAA